AUGCCCAACCCGUACCUGGGCAACGAUGAUGCUGCGCGGUACGUCGGGUACUACGCCUCGUCACGCAUGCAGAAGGAGUCCGUGCGCCGUCUUUACGAGGACGGCAUCCAACGCCAGCAGGAGUCGCAGCGCCGAGCGGAGGAGGCGGUGUACCCGUCGCAGCCGCGCACGUACCGCUCCCAGAAGGAGAUCGACGCGUACGUGAACGAAAUGGUCUACGCGGAGGUGUUCCGUCGGCAGAAGAAACUGGCGGAGCUGGAGCUGGACCUCUACAGGCCGCCGCCCACGCGCUACCUGACGGAGCAGGACAUGGAGCAGCAUGUGCGGCACAUGUACGACCAGCAGCUGCGGCGACGCGAGCGACGAGAGCGGGAGCGGAUGCGUCGCCUCGGCCUGGAGGCCGCAUCGACAGAGCGGGAGCGGCUGCUGCUACAGGAGCGGGAAAUCAACCGCGUGCGUGAGGAGAGAUGGCGCCCGCCGUCGGCGUACAUGAAGCGUGACGACGGGAAGAUGCUGCUCGUGUCGGAGCUGGCCGCCAUUCACGUCGAGCGGUCCGCCUCGCCACCCACGCCUACCACCGAGACCCCGAAGCGGGCGACAAGUCGCCACACCGACCCGCGGCGGCUUCAGGAACUCGCGAAGCCGCUGCGCGUGACGCCGAAGGUGCAGAAAGAGGAGGACACCUUGAUGCCGCCGUUCCGCGUGCUUGGCGAUGUCAUGAAGUCGCGUAGGGGCAGGCAGUGA